AUGCCCUGGACAGAAGGCCCAGCAAGAUGCAGAGCAGCGUUGCCCAGGAUGCUGGAGGCUGUGGAGACUUGCCCGGGGGAGCCUCACACGGCUCUGUGUGCCCUGCCUACUAUCACCUGGUCCAGGCAUGAGGACUCCCCUGCUGUGGCUGCAUCUGCUCCUGCUUGUGUGGACAGCCCAGGCCCUGCAGUGUCACGAGUGCUCUGCUACAGGGGAUUGUUUCCAGCCUGUGUCUUGCCCAAACGAAACCCGCUACUGCCUGACCACGUGGAACAGUACGACUUGGGAAGAAGACAGAUAAUCUGUGUGAUGCUGCCAGAGGAUGCUGAGCGGCUGCACCAGGCUGAGGACCUGUAUCCCUACCGCAUGCACCCGGAGCCCUGGUUGGCCUACAGAGAGCACCGAGGGCAGAAGCGUGGCGUGUUCUUGCUGAACGGGCCUGAAUGGCGCUACAACCGACUGCGGCUAAACCCAAAUGUGCUGUCCAUGGAGGCAAUGCGAAAGUUUCUCCCCAUGGUGGACACAGUGGCAAGAGACUUCUCAGAGACCCUGAAGAAGAAAGUGCUACAGAAUGCCCGGGGGAGCCUGACACUGGACAUCCAGCCCAGCAUCUUUAACUAUAUCACAGAAGCCAGCAACUUUGUACUUUUUGGAGAGCGGCUGGGCCUCUUUGGAUGUAACCCAAGCUCUGACAGCCUGAAGUUCACCCAUGCCCUGCAUGCCAUGCUCAAAUCUACUGGACAGCUCAUAUUUCUGCCCAAAACUCUGUCCCGCUGGAUGAGCAGCCAGGUGUGGAAGGAGCACUUUGAGGCCUGGGACACCAUCUCUGAUUAUGCUGAAAGUUGGAUCCAGAAGACUUAUCAGAAGUUUAUUCACAAUUACCCUCAGUACUACAGCGGCAUCAUGACAGAUCUACUGUUGCAGGGGGACUUGCCAGUAAAAGCUAUCAAGGCCAACGGUAUUGAACUCACAGCAGGAAGUGUGGACACGACUGCCUUCCCCUUGAUGAUGACACUGUUUGAGUUGUCCAGGAACCCCACCACGCAGCAGGCCCUGCACCAGGAAAGCCUAGCUGCUGAGGCCAGCAUCUCUGGGGAUCCCCAGAGGGCCACUACGGAAUUGCCCCUGCUGAGGGCAGCACUCAAGGAGACCCUGAGGCUGUACCCUGUUGGUAUUUUUUUGGAGAGAAUACUGAGCUCAGACUUGGUGCUUCAGAACUACCACAUCCCAGCUGGGACCUUGGUCCAUUUGUAUCUGUACUCAAUGGGCCGAAACCCCGAAGUGUUCCUAAGUCCAGAGAAAUAUAACCCUCAACGCUGGCUGGACAACAGGCAGACCUUCCACCAUCUGGCUUUUGGCUUUGGGGUGCGCCAGUGUCUGGGGAGGCGUCUAGCAGAGGUGGAGAUGCUACUGUUUCUGCAUCAUGUUCUGAAAUCCUUCCGUGUGGAGACACCACUCCAAGAGGAUGUGAAGCUGUCUUAUCGCUUUGUUCUGAUGCCCACCUCCUUCCCACUCCUCACUUUCCGCCCUGUAACCUAGUCUCAUCUUCCCCACCAAAUGUCCUCGGCACACCACUGUCCCGUCUCCCUGAUCCUCGGCCGUCCUUCCUUUUCUCCUGCAAGGGCACUGCUUCCUGGCCACACUGCUGCCCAGACGGCCCCCUGCUCACACAGUGCAGGCAAAGCCCUGCAGGAUCUGGGCUCACCAGGAUGUGCAGCAAGGCCAGAGCAGAGCUCAGGAGGAUCUUAGUGGCAUGACCUGGUUUUAUCCUCUUCCCAGGUCCACCCAACUCAAUCU